AUGAAUGAGAUUAUAAAACCAGAAAUCGAACAUAAUGUUACAGAUAAAGAAGUAUCGGAAGAAUCUAAUGCCAUCACUGAACAUAAAAAUAUGGUUUUAAAACAAAUUCAAGAAUGUAUCAAUAUGAAUAACAUCAAUUCAGAGCUUUUGGAAGAAAUCAAGAAAGAGAUACCUUUUAAUGACAAAAUAGAAUGCAUUGGUUGCAAUUUAUUAUUCGAUAUUUCUAUAUCCAAAGAACAUUUAGAAUUAAACUCCUUGGCUCAAUCGAUAUUACUUGAAAUAAUGCCGCAACCAUACUUUCCAUAUGAUGAAAUGUUUACAGAAGAUCAUAUUGUUCGGCUCAUUCAAGCUGAUGCAGCUUAUAUACCAUAUACUAAAAAAUAUAUGAAAUUAUUAUUAAAAUUAUACAACAAAACGCAAAAACAGACAUUUUCUAACGAAACUAUUGGUAGUUUACUUGAAUAUUCGUUUAAUGUUCAAUCUAUAAGAUUAAUCAGCUUAAUUUUACUUGUUUUCAAUAUAGAAGAUGAAACAUACCAAAAGAUCAUACCUUUCAUACAGAAUUUUCUUAAUAAUCAAGAUAUUUUAUUAGCAAUCAAAGGAUUAACUUUAACUAUCUCAAUUAGAAAUGAUUUAGUAUCACAAUUAGAUUUCACAAAUAUCCUUAAUAUAAAGCAAGCAUUGCCACCAGAUAGUUUCAUAUUUUCCAAUGCUUUACUUGUAUUAUCGAAAUAUCCAAACAUUCCUUUGCUUUUAUCCGAAUCAGAGAUCAAGGUUUUUCUUGAAUCAAUAGAUCCGAACUGUUUAUUAUCAAUCAUUCAAGCUUGUUUGCUUCAUUUUUCAGAAUUAUCAAAAGAUAUCCAAAAUCAAGUGAUUCAUCAAUCAGGAGAAUAUAUUAAAGCAACAAAUGUACAUAACAAAGAAAAGCUUAUAGAAUAUACUCAUUAUAUGCCAAAUGAAACUUUUCUUCAAAAUUUAGAAUUUACUUCGACUUUUAUUGAGUUUCUUGGCAUAUCUACAAAAACAGAUGCAAUAAUUAUGACCAGAGCUUUGGAAAUUCUUAUAUCUGCUACUAAUCAAGGAUUAACUCAAGCCCUGGAAAUAAUUGUUAAUGAUUUGUACCAGAAAUAUGAAGAAAUUUCAGAUUUAUGCAAUAAUGCUAAUAACAGCAUCAGUACUGCUGCUAAUUUGUUAUUAUCUGUUCUCAAUUCAAAUCAAAAUGAAUAA